AUGCCUUCUAUUUCAGUGAGCAAGAAUGCGCUGCUUGCAGGCAUAGAGAAAACAUACACGGACGAAAAAACAGAAGAGGCACUUUUCGAGUUUGGCUUGGAGUUGGACGAGAUAUACACGGAGGAGGGAGAAGUCAAAUACAAGAUAGACAUUCCUGCGAAUAGAUACGACCUUUUGUGUCUUAGGGGCCUCGUGCACGGACUGAAAGCGUACAUAGACAAUGCCCCUGGGAAGAGUCUUUGUGUGAAGACAGUCGAUGAGAAAGUCCUGGGAGACAGGCCAGAGGGCCGUCCUUAUAUAAAAGUGGCCGUUAUGAAGGGGAUAGACCUGGAAAAUGGCGGAUAUUCUGACCUUAUAAACUUCCAGGACAAACUGCACCAGGGCCUGGGGCUUAACAGGACGCUUAUGGCGAUAGGAACGCACGACUACGACAAAACCCAGCGGCCGUACAGGUACGUUGGCGAGGAUGAAGACCUCGUAAAGUUCCAGCCUUUGUCGCAGGACAGAGAGUACACCCGGAAGGAGCUCGACACCUUGUACGAGAAGGACGGAAAGUUGAAGGAGUACCUGAAGCUGGGCAGAGAGAACGGGAAAGUUCCCGUUCUGUACGAUGCCACGGGAAGAGUCCUUUCUCUCCCCCCGCUUAUCAACAGCGACUUUUCCAAGAUAACGGAAAAGACCAAAAACAUACUUGUAGAAGUCACGGGCACGGACCUGGGAAGAGUUUCAACGGCGAUGCAUCUGAUACUGCACCACUUCGCAGAAACAACCACGGAGAUUGAGGAGCUCACCCCAGACUCCCCCGAGGAAAAGUCCCCGUUCACCGUUGAAGUCACCCCGGAAACCGUUAAGAAAGAGCUUCUUAUAGACCUCUCCCUGGAGACAGUAAAGACGUACCUGGAGAGAAUGAUGCACACUGUGGAGGUUCUGGAGGGAUCUGGCGCGUGGAGAGUGCGGGUCACGCCCUCCAAGCUCCGAACUGACGUCCUGCACCUGUGCGACAUCGUGGAAGAUAUCGCAAUCGCCCACGGAUACAACAACUUCAAGAAGACCCUCGGAAAUACCUACACAGUAGGCCAGGAAUUGCCCGUGAAUAGAGCAGCAGACGCCCUCAGGCGAGAGUGUGCAAUGGUCGAGUACACAGAACUCUUUACGAUGGCGCUAAUGUCUCGGGAGGACUACUACGGAUUCGGUGUGGAGAGACACAUUGCAGUUAAAAACCCGAAAAGCACCGAAUGCGCAAUACUCAGGCAGCACUUGAUUCCCUCCGUGCUGAAGUGCCUCAUUGCAAACCAGCACUACCAACUCCCCCUGAAGGUCUUUGAACUCUCCGACGUGGGAGAAUUCGCAGAGUCGGACGUUGGCGUCAGAAACAGCAAGCGCCUGUGCAUGGGAAUAUGCGGGCGAAGUAGCGGACUCGAGUCCCUGCAGGAGUCUUUUGACGUCGUGAUGAAGAGGCAGGGAUACGCCGUAACGUACGAGGAGGAGGAUGCAGCACCCUUUAUCCCCGGAAGGUCCUGCAGAGUCCUGCACAAAGGGAAAAAGAUCGGAGUUAUGGGCGUCAUGGACCUCAGCAUCCUCAACUACCAUAAAAUGCCGUUUAUCUGCUCCUUCGUAGAAGUCUCAGUAGAUGAGCUUGUGAACCCAUAA